AUGGGAUCCAACGCCUCGACUGCAUCAGCACCCGGGAACUUCCCCAAGGCCAAGUCCCAGGAGGAGUGGCGCACGAUCUUGUCCCCGGCCCAGUUCAAGGUCCUUCGAGAGAAUGGCACCGAGCCGGGCUUCUCGCACGAAUACGAGAUCAAGAAGGAGCCCGGCGUGUAUACCUGUGCCGCCUGCGACACGCCCCUCUACAAAUCCGACACGAAGUUCAAGAGCGGGUGCGGCUGGCCGGCAUUCUUUGAUGCUAUUCCUGGUGCCGUCAACCGAAAGUCAGACUGGACCUUCGGGAUGAAGCGCACCGAGAUCCGAUGUGCCGCUUGCGACAGUCACCUGGGCCACGUCUUCGAAGGCGAAGGAUUCCCUACACCGACCGAUGAGAGGCAUUGCGUCAAUGGUAUCUGCCUUCGCUUCAAUGAAGAAGCAGAGAGCAAGACCAAGGCGAAUGGAGGUGGCAACUUGUAA